GUGCUGAUGACGAAAGCGGAAGUAGCUGAGACCAGAGGCGGGACGAGAGCCCCGAGGGGCUUAGAAUUGCGGAAGUUUUGUGAGAAGGGUCGCGCGGUGUCGGAGGGCCGUGUGGUGUUGGAGCGGGUCCCCGAAAGGGCUCGGGGUCCGGGAGCCACCAGCCUGCGCACGUUUGGGGCUACCCUGGGCGCGACUCGACUUUGCCGCUGUUGGCUUCCUCUGUCCUCGUUCUUCCCCCAGAGCCGCCUCGGAUCUCCGCCAUGGCAUCCACCUCGGCCAACUUCCAGAAAGCAGUAGAUCUUGCUAGCAAAGCAGCCCAGGAAGACAAAGCUGGGAACUAUGAGGAAGCUCUUCAGCUCUACCAACACGCUGUUCAGUAUUUUCUCCACGUAGUUAAAUAUGAAGCGCAGGGUGAUAAAGCCAAGCAAAGUAUUAGGGCAAAAUGUACAGAAUAUCUUGAUAGAGCAGAGAAACUAAAGGAAUAUCUGAAAAAGAAAGAGAAAACUCCACAGAAGCCAGUGAAAGAGGGACAGCCAAGUCCAGCUGAUGAGAAGGGGAAUGACAGUGAUGGGGAAGGAGAAACUGAUGAUCCUGAAAAAAAGAAACUACAGAAUCAACUUCAAGGUGCCAUUGUUAUAGAGCGACCAAAUGUGAAAUGGAGCGAUGUUGCUGGUCUUGAAGGAGCCAAAGAGGCACUUAAAGAGGCUGUGAUACUACCUAUUAAAUUUCCUCAUCUUUUUACAGGCAAGAGAACACCGUGGAGGGGAAUUCUGUUAUUUGGACCGCCUGGAACAGGAAAGUCCUAUUUAGCCAAAGCUGUAGCAACAGAAGCAAACAACUCAACAUUUUUUUCAAUAUCUUCCUCUGACCUUGUCUCUAAGUGGCUAGGUGAAAGUGAAAAGCUAGUUAAGAACUUAUUCCAACUUGCCAGAGAGAAUAAGCCUUCCAUUAUCUUCAUUGAUGAAAUUGAUUCUCUGUGUGGCUCAAGAAGUGAAAAUGAGAGCGAAGCUGCCCGUAGAAUUAAGACUGAGUUCCUAGUUCAAAUGCAAGGUGUUGGUGUAGACAAUGAUGGAAUUUUGGUUCUGGGAGCUACAAAUAUACCUUGGGUUCUGGAUUCUGCCAUCAGAAGAAGAUUUGAGAAACGAAUUUAUAUUCCUUUGCCUGAGGCCCAUGCCCGAGCAGCAAUGUUCAAACUGCACUUAGGGACCACUCAGAACAGUCUAGCAGAAACAGACUUCCGAGAACUCGGGAAGAAAACGGACGGUUAUUCGGGUGCAGACAUAAGUAUCAUUGUGCGUGAUGCACUAAUGCAGCCUGUAAGAAAAGUGCAGUCAGCUACUCAUUUUAAAAAGGUGUGCGGACCUUCACGAGCUGAUCCCAACAAAAUAGUAGAUGAUCUGCUAACACCCUGUUCUCCAGGUGACCCUGGUGCCAUUGAAAUGACAUGGAUGGACGUCCCUGGGGAUAAACUUUUGGAACCAGUUGUUUGCAUGUCGGAUAUGUUACGGUCACUAUCUAACACGAAACCCACAGUCAAUGAACAUGACUUGUUAAAAUUAAAGAAGUUUACGGAAGAUUUUGGCCAAGAAGGCUAAACCAAAGACAAUAAGGAAGACAUUUACCAUGUGUGUUCUUUCUUUCGUAGGUACUUUUGCCUUUCUUGGAUGGCAUUCAGAUUAUUUCCAGUAAAACUCUUUUACCACAGGGAAAUACAGAUCUCACUCCAGAGUUCCUUUAAUUUUAUAUGUACUUUUGCUCCAUUACCAGUUAAAUGCUCCUGUUAACAAAAAUUAUAAAAUAAUGGAUAUAAUGAAAUGAGUGAUACACGUACCAAUGGCAAAAAAAAUAGGAAUGACCCAGUUAAAGAGGAUUAAAAUUGACUGAAACAGCAAUAUUUAGAAUUGGUGGUAUUUGCACAGAGCAUUUAUAUAUAUUUUUUUCUUUACCAAAAUAAAAUAGGGCUUAUUUUAUAUUUUGAAAAACAAUUCUUAAGCAUCAUUCUCAUCAAUGUAAAGUGUAUUUACUUUAUUAAAAAAUUUUAAAUACUAGAAUCUUUAUUCUCAGGGAUGGGCAAUAAAACAGCGAAGAGCACUGUGAUUGGGCUUGAGAGAUUUUGAAUUCUGUUCUAGCCAAGUCUCAUUGAUGUUUGAUAGGCUAACAUUUUUCUUUGUGUAGAUUUCAAUAAUUUCUUUAAAAGCAACAAGUUUCUAUAUUUAAUUAAAUAAUACCUUUCACUGUGCAAUCUCGAAAGAAAGACUUUCUAAAUUAGGCAUUGUCUUCAGCUUGAAGAAGAAAAUUGUCUACUUCAGUGUCUUUUUGUAGCAAGAUUGACCAAAACAGAUGGCAAAUAAAUACAUACUUUUUAAAUAACUGUCAUGAAAUACUAUAAUGGGAACCUCUGCUAAAAGGAAUGUCCUCCCUUUGAAUUAUGGGAAGUUUCUUGUGGAUGUGUGUGUACAUAUAUAUAGAUUUUUUUUUUUUUUUUUUUUUAAUAUAGGCUACCAAGUGUCUUGGCUUUUACCUUUUAAGUUCAGGGAACAAUUUGUUCUUGCUACACAUGCGUUAUCAGUGAAGCUUUAGAAAAGAGCUAAUGUCUCAUUAAAUAAUAAAAUACAAACAUGAAAUAUUAUUUUAAUAUCUUCAAAUAAAUAAUCUGAACGUGUAUAUUAUACACUUUAGCAUCAACACUAAGUUGUGCCUUGUGCAUUUGCAUUGGCUGUAUAUACAAAAGAUUAUGAAGUUAGUUGGAAUGAGGUAGAUUCCUUAAUUACUAUAAAAUUCUACCUUGCAAAUACUAUAGAAUAACUUGCAUUUUAAAGUAUAUUUGCACAUUUGACAGAUAAUGCUCCCUGGUUGCCUUUGGCUUUUCUGUACAGUUUCUUUUUGUUGCUAUUAGAUGGAAAAUCAUAGGUCUGAAUUACACUGUUCUUACAUGAAGUAAAUUGACAUAACCUACUACUGGCUAUAUUCUGUGUAUGCUUCUUUAUUUUGGGAUCUUCUGUAUAGGAGAAAAUAGUAUCUAGAUUGAUGAGAUACAAAGAAAUUAUUAGAAAUUAUUGAGACUGUAUACAUGAAAAUUCUGUUCUUCAACAACUUUUUAUGUGAGAGUGGGAGUUAACUUGGCAGACUAACAGUUCUUUGUGGCCGCCUUAUAAAAACAGUUUAUUCUUUAUUAGCCUCAGAAUUAUAAAGUGUUGGUGUUAAUUAUAUCAUUAGGAGAAUUCACAUAAUUAUAUGAUAGUUGAAAUCCAGAAUUUUUUAUAAAGCCAUAAUUUGUUUUGAAGGAGUAUUUUACUUAAUUUGUCAAAGUACAUGACCCAAUAGUGAGUAUAGUGUUGAUGAUAAAUGGAUACUUUAUCAUACUUAAUUCUUACAUGUGCUUUGAGAACUGUGUCUCAGUAUGCAAAUCACUUCCAACCAUAGCUCUUUUCUACCUUACAUCUUCUACACUUUUUACAUUUCUGGUUCUAAGCCUAUUUCUGGAAUCACAUAAUUUUAAACUUAGCCUUGAAUGGUAGCACAUAGGCCAUGAGUUCUUUAUGGACAGAUAAAUACAAUGUUCAGGCUCUAUCUGAACUUGGACUCUUAAGAAAUUUUGGGUAGCUGGUUUCUGAGGCUACUUGAGUUCCUGUGUGACCUAGAUGUUGAAGAACAUUGUUUUUCUCAUCUUGAAAACUAUAGGGGUCUUAAUAAAAAGAAUUUCAAUAGAAAAUUGA